AUGGAUACACCGGCUGUCCCUUUGCCGCAGGAUGCCCGGGAACAGGCCGUCCUCGACAGCCUCGUCGUCAUUCGCGACAAGCUGCUGCUGUUGAAGCAGGACCGCACAACAUACAUUCGCAGCCAGGAUGUCAUACCCUUAUACGACGAGACCAUCAGCAGGGUCAAAGAGCUGGACGAGAUCCGUACCGAGACGGGGAAUAAGGAGGAGAACAGACUUGACAAAGUCUUGGAAAGCUGCUUCCAGCUUCUAUCCCUUUUCUACCUCACAAUCGGACGCAACAAUGAGAUACCCGCAAACUAUGCCCUGACUUCCACAAUCAAGCGGCUGCUCGACCACUUGACCGAAGCCGACCUCUACUCAGCCAAGGAUCUCGAGAGCAUCCAGACCACGUUGACGAACCUAUCCGAGAGCAUAAAGCUGGCCGGAUCCAGCGAACACAAAGCCGAGAACUCUCCGUAUCUUCUCAAGCUCCUGUCGAAUAGAGUAGCCAAGUGCUUGGCAACGCUGGAGAAUCUCCAGAAGCGGCUGGGUCGCAUCGGAGAGCCUUUGCUUCCGACACACGAGAAGCUCAUUUCCAUCCUGCGAUCCAUUUCGCUGGCGAACACAAAAGCAAAAUUCUCGUCUGCCGAGGUGCAAAAGCUUCAAAAGCAGCUUCUCGAUAUCGGAGAGAAGCGCAAAGAUGGCCAAUUCGUCGACGAGAAUGGCAAUGUGCCUCCAGGAUCUGUAGAGCUCGGGGAGCUGUACCAGCGUGUCCUCAAGUGGUCAGAGAUGGUAUUGGAGAGAAAAGGAAGCAUGCCAGAGCAAUUCCGUCCGACAUACGAGACGCUUGUUGGUAUUCGCAACGAGCUGGAGAAGCUGUCCUUGACACAAGCCUGGGCUCUUCGCGAGACCGAUCUGUACGACUUUCAGCGUCAGCUCGACAAGAUUGACGAAAGCCGGCAGAACGGAAACUUUUACGACGACAGGGGUCGGCCUGCCGACUUGUAUACACAACGGACCAUGUUGUAUCUGAUCAGGCGAAGCUACGCGUACAUUUAUUCCUUCAUUCUGGCCUCAGAGCCGGUCUCUGAGGCUCUGUUGCCCGUCUAUAACCAGCUGCAGACCCUCAAGAGGUGUCUCCUCGAAGUGAGGAACAGUGGCGGCGUAUCCUCUGUUCGAGAACUGUAUCCUUACAGCAUGAAGCUAAACUCGCUCGAUAAUCUACGGGUGGACGGUAAAUUUGUUGUAAAUGGCGACAUCCCUGAAGGUCAGGGCAGCGUCAGUGAGCUGCUUGCCGAAUGCUUCGACCUCACGUAUGACUUGAGGGUUGCGGCAGAGGAGGGCACAGCAAGCAAUUCCGACGGCCAAUAA